AUGAGGCUGAAGGAUUACGGAAUCAGAAACCGAGACGAAGUGACAUUUUUUAAGAAACUUCGGAAAAAAACAUACAGGUCACAAUCUAUUUUUGAGUCAGCGAUGGCCGAGAUGAGCAAGUCCGAAAUAUGGCAAGAGUUGAGAAAUGUAACGAUGAAGAUGCAACAACUUGUGGAACGUAAAAAGAGGAUGGUUAUAAUGAGAGAGCUUUUAAAACGAGUCGACUGUAAUUCUCUGGAGGGUGAAGACUGUGAAGAAAAUGAGCAAGAAUUAAGCAACAUUGACGAGAAACUCAAACAAUUAGAGGUCAUAAGAGCUGAACUUCAAAGAAGACAUGACCAGGCAGAAGUUAGCCCCAGUGUAUACAAAAUGCCCGAUCCAAGACCUGUUGUGGAGCCAUCUGAUAUAUCCACACUGUCUCCGCCUAACUAUCCAGCUCCUGUGGUAACAGAAGAUUAUGCGAACUUACAGUUUACUCCGACCAAAACUCGGUGCCCGAACUGCUCUAGCUUCAUCACCACAGAGACGUACACGUCCGUGAGCAGCAUCACCUGGCUGGUCUGCAUGAGUACCGCCAUGAUGGGGUGCGUUGCUGGCUGUUGUUUCAUCCCCUUCUGUUUGGACAGCUUCAAAUCUACUUCACACAAAUGUCCCAAGUGCAACUCGCUAAUCGCCACCAUCAAGAAACUUUAA